AACAAUGUGCGGAGUCCCAUCGAAUACCUGAGCCUUACGUUGGAAGAACUGUCGCACAUCCGGUCAGUGUUCACGAAAGCGGAACUGGAGUCUCUGGCCUGGAAUCCGGAGCUGUACCAGCAGGUGUUUAAGAGAAAGCUGUGUUUCACCUGCCGAACAACAAGAUUCACUCUGUUCGGAGAGUGGGGUACUCGAUGUAAGAUCUGCCAAAGAACGGUCUGUAGCAAAUGUAUCAGAAAGAUGAACGUUCCGACAGAUCACUUCAGAAACAUCCCCGUGUACUCAUUAAGUCCUUCUUUGUUGACAGGGGAGAUACAUGAUCUUGUUCAGAAAACCAG